AUGUCCUACUACUUCGCCAUCAUUUCGCCGACUGAUACACCGUUGUUCGAGCUGACCUUUGGCACGUCCAAGGCUGGCGGUGAUGGAGUCGCUCGCUUUCGUAAUGGCGAGACGUCGAGAUACAUGAAUCAGUUCAUAGUGCAUGCUGCGCUCGAUGUGGUCGAGGAGGUGCAAUGGCUGACGCCGAAUAUGUGGCUGAAGGUCAUCGAUAGCUACGCGCCUACGAACUCUCAUGUGUCCUGUAUGGUGACAGGCUCGAAUCAUCGAUUUAUGCUUCUGCAUCAGCCGACACCUACGCCAACGUCUUCGGCUGGAAGUAGAGCUUCCACCAUAUCGUCAAACUCGAUUCCUCACAACCCCACCGCACCCCAGACAGAAGAUGCUAUCAGACAGUUCAUGAUCAUCUGUAUACAACCGAGCACUACGGACAGCUUCACUCUCGAAAAACGCACAGACGACGCCAAUUUCGUCAAUUGGCCGCUAUGGGCACAGAUCCUGCUACCGCUUGGGCUUCUGACCAUCUGGAUUCCCGUCUGGUUCUUCGUCACCUUGAUCCGCGAAUUCUCAUGCUGGCAGAAACGGCAUCGAGACUAUCCCGACGUUGAGAAGCAACAAUCUCAGAAAGCUCAAUCAAAUCAACCACAAAUAAGGGGUUAUCAGCCGCCCUUAGAGAGGCCAAAUCCUGCCGCGUGGCCGCUUCCACAGUAA